AUGCAGCUCAAACCCUGGACGGCCAUUCUCGGCGUCACGGCGAUAACCAUCCAAGGCACCGCCGCCACCAAAGACAAUGUGCAGAACGGUACGAUCAUCACCGUCCUCGGGCCAACGAAGCUCCAAGAGCACGUGGGAGAAUCCUUCCUCGUCUGCCUGAACUACAGCAGCACCGAUGAGAGUGGCACUCCAUACAUGCUCUACAUCGACCAGGGAGCGACGGUAGUGCACCCCUCCAGCAACCGGACCAUCGACUUCGAUGGUCCCGACGAGCCGCUGCUCGGAUGCAUGCAGCACUUUGCGAGCAACAUGUCCCUGGUGGCGGAGGAUUGGACGGUGGUGCACGAGUACGACACGGGCAGCAUUCCCGCAGCCCGGGCCAAUGUCUCCUGGCUGGUCGAGCAAGGCGCGCAGGGUCUGCACCCUGUGGGUACGAAGCUCGCCAGAAUCUCGUCGCUUCCGUCAUCCGAUGCCAACGAGACGGAUACCACGACGACGACCCUGGAGGCGCGGGAUGAGGACCAGGCAAGUAGUAGUCAGCUCGGGGCGAGAUCGUUCUCGCACUACUGGGCCUUCCUGUCUGAUUACAAGAAAUGUGCCAGUGAAGACUUUCAGGUGAAAUACGCCGGCGAGUGUCACAACUACAACUCCAAGUUCAAGAGCGUGCAGUUCGAGAAUCCCUCGGGGUCGUUGUGGUUGGAGAUGGAGAUCUGGCCCCAUCAUCGCUGUAUCAAGGGGAAUGGGCGGAAGUUGGUGAUUUAUCCGCUUGAAAUGAAUGAGUGCCAUACGCGGGAUACGUACUCGUUUUUUGGACGGUUUAGAGGCAAGAAAAAUGCGCUGGCGUGGUUGUCAAGUUCGAGCAACCUAUGA